AUGGAGGACGCGCACGCCAAGAACUCGGAAGAGGUCUUGAAGUUCUUCGGGACUGGCCAAGACGGUUUAUCAGAAGACCAGGUCGACAAGCUCCGUGAGAAAUAUGGCCCUAACGAAUUGCCUGCUGAGGAGGGCAAGACGAUCUGGGAGCUGAUUGUUGAGCAAUUCGAAGAUUUGCUGGUCCGAAUUCUCCUGCUCGCUGCCAUCAUUUCAUUCGUCCUCGCUCUUUUUGAAGAGCAUGAAGACCAAACUGCCGCCGUCACAGCCUUUGUUGAACCAUUCGUCAUCUUGCUUAUCCUUAUUGCCAACGCCACUGUCGGAGUCUGGCAAGAAAGGAAUGCCGAAUCUGCGAUCGAAGCCCUCAAGGAGUAUGAACCCGAAAUGGCCAAGGUCGUCCGAGCCGGCAAGCACGGCAUCCAGAUGAUUCGAGCAAGGGAAUUGGUGCCUGGCGACUUAGUUGAAGUAUCAGUUGGUGACAAGAUCCCAGCCGAUCUUCGACUCGUCAAGAUCUAUUCCACCACCAUCCGUAUCGAUCAAUCUAUCCUCACUGGUGAAUCCGUCUCCGUCAUCAAGCACACCGAUGCCGUCCCCGACCCUCGCGCCGUCAACCAGGACAAGAAGAACUGCCUGUUCUCUGGAACCAACGUCGCAUCCGGAAAGGCCCGCGGUAUCGUCUUCGGCACUGGCUUGAGCACCGAAAUCGGAAAGAUCCGUACCGAAAUGUGCGAGACCGAAUCUGACAAGACCCCGCUGCAGCAAAAGCUCGACGAGUUCGGAGAGCAGCUGUCCAAGGUUAUCUCCAUCAUUUGCAUUGCUGUCUGGGCCAUCAACAUCGGACACUUCAACGACCCUGCCCAUGGUGGAUCGUGGCUCAAGGGCGCCAUUUACUACUUCAAGAUUGCCGUUGCCCUGGCUGUCGCUGCUAUCCCUGAAGGUCUUCCGGCUGUCAUCACCACCUGCCUUGCCCUCGGAACUCGUCGUAUGGCCAAAGAAGAACGCCAUCGUCCGUUCUCUGCCCUCCGUCGAGACCCUUGGUUGCACAUCCGUCAUCUGCUC